UUUGUUGAACUGGCGCUUACGCGGUUGUGGCUUAGCUGCUGCAUAACUUAUCUGUGUGGCGGCGCGUGAUGCCGGCAUACCGCCUCGGACCCUAUAGUGUUAGGGGCAGCCCGCUCCUAUUGGGUUCGGCGAGGAGGAUAGGUGAAUGACGAAUGCCAGGGGCGGGGGAUUGCUCGUGCACGAUGACUGCAAGUCAGAGUAUACAAGAGAAAGCUAUGGGACAAUUCGCCGUGUGCGGAGGGACACGCUCGUUGCGAGGAGAAACACUCAUCCGUUCGUGUGCAUACGUCCUGCCUUGAAGUCUUUGAGGAGACGGGGCUUCAAAGACCGAUGCUGCGCCACGACUAUUGUGUCAAGAUACUGGGGAACCAAUCUACGUAUACAAUGGGACCACAUCCGGCUUGCUUUAUGAACAGCCCGCUCUAAACCACCAUUCGGUCCCCUCCUCCGCUCUCCCCUUGAUGCGGAAGCGACGUAUCCCCUGCGCAAAAGGAUGGUGCCGCUCCCUGGUCUCGAGCUUCUCCCCGUCGCCUUCAAAAAUCGCCACUGCUUCACGCUCUCACACCCGCGUAUGUUUGCGAUUCAACGGCGAGCUGGACCCCCGUCUUCUCGUAACCAACUCUACCGCUCCCUCGAAGAGUCAACGGCGACCUGUCCAAUGCGGGACUGAGGAGCGUCGACGACGACGUAGGACUCGGGCGGGGAGUGGAUGUCGCUUGUGGCAUCCAGUCGUCGAUCGGACUGGACGGCCGGUUGGACAGGCCUGUACCCUCCAGUUCUUUAGGGGCACUGUUUGCAUUCGAAGACCUUUCUGUGCACGCAUCCUGCUCUGCGGCGGCCAAGACGAUGUUCAUCAUCUCUCGCAAGAAAUGGCCUUCGACUUCGUGUGCACGCACGCGGGCGACGACAAGAUCCCGUACUGGACCGAAUGCCCGUGCCCUCUCCUCGCAAUGAUUUGCGCCCGGGUGGACUUGUUCCUUCCGGUCGGGAGCCCUGUGGGUCUGUCCGGAAGCUAUGUAGCCGUGGCCUGGGUAUACCUCGUUACAGAUACCCCCCAACUAUGCAAACCGAGUAGUUCAGAACAAGACUACAUCCAGUACUUAGCAUGACAUACGCGAUCGGCGGGCCCAUACUCAUUGCGCGGUGCGUUUUGCGACGACUGCCCGUGUGGCGUCGGCAGCACUGGCGGCCACGUAGUGUAGACCACGCCACUCUCCUUGGUCUCAGGUAUGACCCGACCCUCGUGUAGAUCCCAGUCGUUUUCCAGGAUCGUCGCAAAUCUCGUUCCUUCCGGGUACUCGGGCGUUGGCUGUGCGAAGAUCAACGGUCUACAUUCCAAGUAACGCUUCGGCUUCCUUGUCAUCUCUCUG